CAAUGGUGAUUAUAUGAUGAACAUAAAACAAGCCUUUAAUGCGUGGUAUAGCCUUCAGAACUAUGGAUAAGAUUGGCUAAAAUAUGCAGGUACCUUGUAUCGUAUUGAGCCUUCUUCAAUUUGUAUUAAUGAUAGUUAGACUAAAACAUGCUGGUUGGUUUGUCUGCCCAUAUUAACCAUCACCUACACUACAAUACGAAGCAACGCUCACUGAUGAUUCGGAAUAUCUAUUUAAGUGAUUAGCUGACAUUUUCUAUAGCAAGUCACCUUAUUCCUAUUGUCAGUCUGGAAAGCCAUUUGUAUUAUAAAAGUAUAAAAAGAAUAAAAAUCUACAAAGCAUGGUUGACAUCUUCAGUUUAUCGCGAUAAGUCGUGUGGAAAUUGUGAGAAAAGUUGGUGUAAUGUCGCAAUAUUUGGAACUGGUAUAUUUUGGGCUGUCCGUUGGCGUAAUGCGAUACAUCAAUGGAUGAACGGGUCCAAGGAGUAAAAAAAGAUCGACUGAUCCUUUAAUUGGGAAUUUAACAGCAUACGGAGUGUCGCAACCACAUUUGGAAUAAACGUGAUAUAAUGAUCACAACUGGCAACAUGGCGGGAAUGCUAUCUGAAAAAUUGCAAUAAAUUUAAAGAUGUGGACUUUAUCUAAUAAGUACCUUCUCUCUGCCAGGAACUAUAUUUGACCUUAAUUAUUCAAUAUCCUCAAAUGGAUUCUGUUUUCAGUAUGGAAUCCCAAGAAAAUACAACAUAGGACCUUCCUAUUGAUGAACUCAUCUAAAAAAGGACUAGUUCCUGAUCUCAAGAUGUCAGUUUUUGGUACUAUGCAACUGAAGGAGAGGAGUAAAAGAUACAAGUCAGAUCCUGGACCGGCCGACAUAUCCAAAUUCAUCACUCUACAUCCCCGUUUGCUUGCACCACUUUCAAAGAAGUUUGGGGAAAUCCAGACCGCACAAGACAUGUUGGAACCUGAUGUCCUUGAGGUCAAAGGGCUAUCAAAUGUUAAACUAUCAUGUUCGUCAAGAGAACUCCCUAAAAUGUCCAGACGUAGGAGAAAACUAAAGCUCGGUAAAAAGCUUCUGCAACUGCUGUCGUCGCCUUUUGGGCUUUUCUUGCUUCUCCUUGUGUACAUGGCCCUUGGUGCGCUUAUGUUCAUGUACGUUGAAACGGCUUCAGCUCAGGCCAUGCACAUGAAACUGGACGAGACCAGGAUGGAAUUCGCCCAAAUCCUGGUCCUAAACGAGAGCUGUCACCAAGACGUAGAGUGUGUCUUCACGUGGCUCAUGGGGUGGGAGGAGCAAUUGUGGAAAUUUCCGAUAGGAAUUCUCGAUGAAUCAAUUAAGUUAUGGUCCUUCGAAAAUGCCUUUCAUUUGUGUUUCUCUAUCGUCACUACAAUAGGUUAUGGUAAUAUUACACCAAUCACCAAACUUGGGCACAUUCUUGUUAUCGUAUAUGCAACCUUUGGAAUACCAAUCAUGCUCCUUUUCGUUUCUGACAUCGGAACGGUGACAGCACAAUGGGUUAAACGUUUCGUCUUGUUGUACCGUUCCAAACGAAGAUCAACUUUGGAAGCACGACGAGUGACGAAACAACAGUCGACAGCAGUUCCUAAUACCAUGGCAACCGAAGCAAGUACGACGAAAGUUGGCGGGGAUAUUAAGGAGGAAAUAGGCAUGACUGCUAGAAUAAAACCCGAGUUUGAUUUCAAAGGUUCGCCUAAUAUUGAUAUUAAAUUUGAUGAACAGAAUAAAACCUCGCACAGUGGGAGUAAUAGGGACAAGGGGACACCACACGAAAUAUACAACGGAGAGAUACAUGACAAGAUGAAAGAUACAAUUUUUAAUGAUGUGAAUGAUAAAUAUACACUCCAAGGUAACACGGUAGCGAAACCUAGAAUUCCAGUGAUAAGCAUUGAUUCGGACACCGAUAAUGAAUCCGACAUUGAGGAAAUCAUCGGCGAAAUCAUUAGAGAUGAUACCGAUAUUUAUGAUACGGCCGAGAUCGCCAUACACGCAGCUUGGGACGAGAGCGAGUCCGAGGACAAUAUCGAUGUCAACGACGUCGAUAGGUCGACACAUCAACGACGAUAUCGAAGAGAUGUAUUGCAGAAAGAGGUUCAUUUUCCUGCUACGACGGAAGUUAUAGUUGAAACGAGAGGCAAGUCGAGAUAUCUUAGAUCGUUUAGUGAGCCAGUGCUGGAAACGACGCUGAAAGAAACGCCGUCUUCCAGUCAAAGAAAUGAUGUUAAUAAGCACAAGGGAACAAAAUCUAAAGAGCCUUUUGAUCCAUCAGCUAAUCGAAAUGGGAAUGCAGUAUCAAAAGAUAUUCCGAGGACAUUAAGUGACUACCCCUCAGAAGAUGAAACCAAAGAUUCCAACAUGGCGGAUUCUGACAUCAUUUCUAACCGAACUCAAUCUUUCAUCGAAGCAACAAACGCCGAGAAAGACAAGAGCCAGCAAAAACACACGAGUCACGAAAAUACUCAGGAAAUCACCUCAAAUGGGGGAGUUAAGUCUUCCGAAAAACGUCGUGUUUCUCAUGUUUUGUUUCAAGAAGAGUCGCCUUCGCCAGGAAAUAUUGAUAAAGAAGUGAAUGAUAUCUCCUUCCCGUGGUGGAUGGCGUUUCUUCUUCUCUUUGUAUACCUCAUCAUAGGAAUGUUCAUGUUUCAUUUCGCAAUCAAAUGGAAUUAUUUAGAUUCAUUUUAUUAUUCCUUCGUGUCGCUAAGUACGAUAGGUUUUGGCGAUCUCUAUUACCAACCCAGUGCGCACCCUGGUUCCAUAUAUUACACAUUUAUAUACUGUUUUGUGGGUUUCUGCUAUACAUCUAUGUGUAUGAGUUUGAGUUCGAGGGAACUCUUGCGCAUUGCGCGUCGCGUCGCGUGGAAGAUUGGCUAUUACAGGAGCAGACGGUGGAAGAGGGAUUUUCGCCUCUUUUGGAAGGCGCGUAGACUGAGGGCUCCGAGACGUGCUGGAAGAUGGUCGGAUCGGCGGAGGAAACCGCUCAGAGUUCAGCGAAUCGUUUCGGAAUCUCCUGGAGCAUUCCCCUGAUCAAUUUGAUGUAAAACCACCUAAGUUAUCUUCUACAACAAAUAAUAUAGAGCCUAUUGCUGUGAUUACUCUUUUAGUAUUAGAAUUGGAAAUCGAUGUUGAAAUUGACAACAUUUUAAGAUUUGUGAGGUCGCAGUGCGAACAACCACAUGUUAUAAAAAGGAAAACACACAAUUCUGGUGGCAUGGGAUUUAAGCACAAUCUUAUCAUGAAAGAUUAAAAAGAUAUUUAAUAAGAAACAUAAUUAUACCAACUUUAAAUGCGAGGGAGCGUAGCGAACGAGCUUUGGGCGAAAUUUAUGGAAAAAUUGCUCUUAGUUGCUUUAAAUUAUGAACACAUUUUAUGGGGGAAGAAAAAAGGGGCACAUAUCCAAAAGGAAAAUGACACUUAUAGAAGGGGCACCUUUCCUAUGUAAAAAAGGGACAAUUUUUGCCUGACUAAAAAUUUGGGAAUUUGUCAUUUACCAACAAACGC